AUUAAAACCAUUGGUUUGAGAGUGUUUUAUAAUUAUCGCUAUCUCACUUUUGACGUCAUAUGGGAAAGUUGGAAGACGUAUUUAUGUAACUAUGACGUCAUCAUUGAAAUUGUACAGCUCGUUGCUAAGUGAUUUGGUGCGGACACUAAAUAAUAAGACGCGAUUAUACGGUUAAUUGAUUACAUAUUACAGGUUGCAGUCGAGAUAUGCAUGAUACUGGCUUGUUUGGUUGGCUUCUAUAUCUUUUAUAUCAAUGAACGUCCAGUGGUGAUGGAGUCCUCAGCCCUCCUUGAUGAAGUUCUUCUAUUGAUUUGUAUCCUUGGUCCUCUGGUGUCCAACUGUUUCUCCUUGCUCGCUGUGAUUGCUGGAACCGAUAAUAAAACGGAUGAGCGCUGGGUCAUGACGUUGAUUUAUCCAAUUUGCGACACAUUCCAAUGUCUAUUACAGGUGGUUUUGAUUCUGUUUGGUCUUCAACGUGAACCUGAAACAACAGAUCUUGCGAAGGAAACGGUGGAAGAGAUUAAAAAAAGUUUUCAAGAAGCAAAUCAAUGCAGUGACGACGAAGACCUGGAACCCGGGGACGAAAUGCAACAUAUAGCUCACACAUACUUGAGGAGUCACCAUAACUCUAUUAACUAUGUCUUGUCAGCUUUGUUUCAUCAGCAACCUCCAACCAAUAACGGGAUCUCACAAAACAACCCACUCACAAGGGUGCCAAGCAGAAUCUCGAUUUCACGAAAUGUCAAUAUUGGUGAAGUUUCAGUCGAUUCGCCAAAUACUGAACGUCCACUGCCCCAAAUCACGGCCAACGGAGUUGUUGCCGCCGAAUCUCAGUCAGAAAACAAUCACGACGAAAUUGACAAUCGAAAAUCGAUCAUUAAAAUCGUCUCGCAAUCCAAAGUUUCCCAUCCGCGAGGUGGCAGGCUUGUGCUACGUGACGUCAGCAUGUUUCUUCUUAUAACAAACGCGGCAUUCGGUGCGAGUUAG